CGAUCCUUGCAACUCCGAUGCAUUGCGAGAUUUGUUCUGGCAGAAGCUCCGCGGCUACCCACGAUCUAAUCCUCUAACACUGGCCAAGUGGAGCGGGGGACUGCGCAACAAGCACCAUCACUGGUCUUUUUCUCAUUCUCAUCGGUGUUCACAUGGCUAUUUGUGAUCCUGAGUCUAAGCCGAAAGAAAUUGUGUGAAGACAAGCAUCGAGUCCAAGGUCUCAUGCCGACGAUGACCCAAAAACUUACGUUUACUACCGCCAGCGUUCAGAAUCUCGUCAUUUCCAACCCAACUGAUGCACUCUACUAUGAGGUAUUAACCCCUGAGUGGGAGUCGCAUCUGACGACAGUGCGCCGACUGGACACUCGCGCAGAACGCUAUGACACUGUCGGCAGCAUCCGAAAGGUCCAGUCAGGCAAACCCGUUGCAGUCAGCAUGUACAAGGGAGAGUUCAUAAACGAGGAGUCAUGGUUGCGCAAAAUCAAGGGUCAAGGCCGACGGAGUCGAUGGGAAUUUGAUGACGGCGAGGGAAAUUAUUUCUCCUGGGCUAUAGCAGGUUCCAAUUUGGAGCUUCGCAGCCUUGAUGAGGGUGGAGCCCAAAGUCCGAACCCCAUAGCAACAUUUUAUCCCCACAAGCGCUAUGCCAUGGUGGGGAUGAUAUCGCAACAUGCAUUUUUGGAGAUCGAGUCAUCUGUGGUGGAUUCUCUGGAUACAGUACUAGUUUCUCUACUCGUGCUUGCGCAGAAACGGAGAAAGCACAGUCUUUAGAGCAGAAACUUUUACACGCUUGGACAUUUUUAACUAGAUUCCACA